AUGUCUGCUGAAAUGGAACGCGGCCAAUCUAAUGAGACCGUCGAUUCUGUGAGACCCUUUGAGGUUGAUGACGAGGGAAGAGAGAUUGCUGAGUUGCACCGUUCCAUCACUCACCAGUCCUCGGGACAAGGGCAGCAGGGCGAUGUUUUGACCCGUUUGUCCACCUUGUCGCGUACCAUGUCCAAGAUGAACGCCAAACAAAUGGAAAAGCUCGAAAUUGACCCCAACGACUUCGACCUCAAGCGUAUUCUCGAAUACAUGAAGGGAAGGUCCAACGAGCAGGGGAUUGGAGGCCGCACCACCGAUCUCAUUUUCGAGGACCUGGAGGUUGUGGGUAAGAACACCACUGUCUCUAUUGUGCCUACGGCUGGCGACGUCUUUUUCGGCCCGAUUCUGAAGCUCGUCGACAAGUUGUCCAGCAAAAAGCAGCAGCAAGCAGAUUUCAACAAGCUUGAGAAAACAAGAAAAAUUCUCCAGAAUUUCAACGGAAUCUGCGAAGCAGGCACUAUGACGCUUGCCUUGGGUAGGCCGGGAAGCGGAUGCUCAUCACUGUUGAAGGUGCUGGCCGGAGAGACUCAGACUUAUGUUGGUACCUCCGGUGAGGUCAUUUAUAAUGGCAUUUCCCAAAAGGACAUGAUGAAGUCUUUCAAGAACCAGGUUAUCUAUAAUCCAGAGCUGGAUGUGCACUAUCCUUAUCUGACUGUGGAGCAGACUAUGAAUUUUGCCAUCGGCUGCAAGACCCCAAAGGUCAGAAUUGAUAAUCUAUCUCGGUCUGAGUACAUCAGAACCAUCAAGGACCUUUAUUUGACCUUGUACGGUUUGAAGCAUGUGGAAAAGACGCUUGUGGGUAACGAUUUUGUGAGAGGUAUUUCUGGUGGACAGAGAAAGCGUGUCUCUAUUGCUGAGGCCAUGGCUACUCGUGCUUCUGUUUACUGUUUUGAUAACGCAACUAGAGGUUUGGAUGCCUCCACUGCUUUGGAGUUUGUCGAGUCUCUCCGUACCAUGACUAAUAUCACCCACUCGACUUCCAUUGUGACUAUCUACCAGGCCUCCGAAAACAUCUACCAAUUGUUCGACAACGUCACUGUUUUGUACUACGGAAGACAAAUCUAUUUCGGUCCUAUCCAGGAGGCAGUUGACUACUUCCAGAGACUUGGAUUUGUCAAGGGUGCCAGAGAAACCAGUGCUGAAUACCUGACUUCGGUCACCGAUCCGCUUGCCAGAAAAGUUGCUUCCGGAUUCGAACACAAGGUGCCUAGAAACGCAGAGGAGUUUGAGGCCCGCUGGCGGUCUUCUCCGGAGUUUGACGCUCUGAUGAAGAAGAUUGCUGAGAAAAAGGCCACAUAUAAUCCUGCUGCAACUUAUGAUAAUUUCCGUUCCGUGCACACUCUUGAGAAGCAGAGACUCACAGGUGCCAAAUCCAAAUACGUGGUGAACUACUUUGAGCAACUCAAGCUGUGUACCAUGAGAGGAUUUCACAACAUUGCCAACAACAGCGCUUACACGGCCACUCUUAUGGUUGCUGCCACGAUCCAGGCUUUAAUUGUCGGUUCGCUUUAUUAUAAUACCCCAUCGUCCACCAUUGGCUCGUUCCCUAGAGGAGGUGUGAUUUUCUUUGCUUUCCUCUACUUCUGUAUCAUGAGUUUGGCUGAGAUUGCUGCCUUCUUUGAAAACAAGCCAAUCACCAACAAACAGCGAGGAUAUUCAUUCUUCCACCCGUCUGCUGAUCUAGUUUCGAGUUUCCUCACCCAGACACCUGUCAGAGCUGUUGCCAUUGUGGUGUUCUCGCUAAUUCUCUACUUCUUGUCGAACAUGAAGAGAGAAGCCGGUCCGUUCUUUGCAUUUAUUCUGUUCAUCAAUGUUGCUGUUCUGGCGGUGAACUGUCUCUUUAUCCUGAUUGCCUCUCUGUCCCCAACGCUUUCUGCGGCCAACGGAUUUGUGGGUAUAAUCAUGAUGUCCACCAUUCUGUACAGUUCUUAUAUGAUCCAGCGGCCUUCGAUGUACUGGUGGUUCAAGUGGUUUUCGUACAUGAAUCCAGUUUUGUACGGGUUUGAAGCCCUCAUCACUUUGGAGUUCAGGGGCCGUAAGAUGCCUUGUACACCUUCUCAGAUCAUUCCAAGAGGUCCUGGCUACGAGAAUAUCAGUGCAGAUAAUAGAGUGUGUGCGUUUACAGGAGCCAGUGCUUCCAAAGCUCUUUAUGGCUCCGGUGACUACGUUUCGGGAGAUAUUUACCUCAGCUACAGCUUCCAGUACACUUUCUCACAUUGUUGGAGAAACUUUGGAAUUUUAAUUGGAUUCGUCCUUGGCUUCCUGAUCAUAAACAUGAUCAUUGUUGAGGCUUACAAUCCAAUAGUGCCAAGUUCUGACCAGCUCUUAUUCGUGAAAGGAGCUAAAUUGCCAGACUCUCUUUUGGAGGCUACUGGCCAGGCACGUCCAAAGAGCGACGAGGAGAGCGCAGCAGGUUCGCGUACUGAUACCAAGAGCGAAAUUGAUGAGGCUCAACACUCCACUGCAGAUACUACGGGCGAAAAACUUGGUUCGAGUGAUAUUUUCAUGUGGCGGAACGUUAAUUACGUCGUUCCUUAUGAAGGAGAGGACCGUAAGCUUUUGGAGGAUGUGCAAGGGUACGUCCUCCCUGGUACGUUGACUGCUUUGAUGGGCGAGUCCGGUGCAGGUAAGACGACACUGCUUAAUGUUUUAUCCAGAAGAACCGAUGUUGGUGUUGUCACCGGUGACAUGUUGAUUAAUGGCAAGCCAAUUGACAAUUCAUUUGAGAGAAGAACUGGUUAUGUCCAGCAACAAGAUCUGCAUAUCGCAGAGCUGACUGUUCGUGAGUCGUUGAUUUUUGCGGCCAGAUUGAGAAGACCAGCAGAUGUUCCAGACGAAGAGAAAAUUGCCUAUGUCGACAAGAUCUUACAUAUCCUGAAUAUGGAAGAGUACGCCGAUUCCGUUGCUGGAGAGAUUGGUUACGGUCUGAACGUCGAGCAACGUAAGAAGCUGUCGAUUGCUACCGAGCUGGUUGCCAAGCCUUCGUUACUGUUGUUCCUGGAUGAGCCUACCUCCGGACUGGACUCCCAGUCUUCGUGGGCCAUUGUUCAGGUCUUGAGAUCGCUAGCUGCUGCUGGCCAGGCCAUUCUGUGUACCAUUCACCAGCCUUCGGCCACUUUGUUUGAGCAGUUUGACCGUCUGCUUCUUUUGAAGAGAGGAGGCCAGACCGUUUACUUUGGCGACAUUGGACCUAACUCGCGCAUUAUGUUGGACUACUUUGAGUCAAAUGGUGCCAGAAAAUGCAGUGCCAGCGAAAACCCUGCAGAGUACAUUUUGGAAGUUAUUGGAGCUGGUGCCACUGCGGUGAUUGACGAGGACUGGUACGAAAUUUGGAAGAACAGCAGCCUGUACGAGAAGACAUGCGCAGAUGUGGAGAAACUGAUCAACGACACCAAGGGAAUGCAAUCGUCAGACCAAUCUCACUUGCAAUCUCGUUUUGCUGUUCCUUACAGAACGCAAUUCAAGAACGUGCUUGUGAGAACAUGGUUACAAUUUUAUAGAGACAUCGACUAUGUGAUGUCCAAGUUUAUGUUGAUGCUUCUUGCCGGUCUGCUCGUUGGAUUUUCUUUCUGGAACGUCAAACAUACCUCGAUUGGUAUGCAGAACCUCAUGUUUGCCUGUUUCAUGGCCCUUGUCGUUUGUGCUCCAUUGACUAACCAGAUUCAAGAAAGAGCCAUCAAAUCGAGAGAGUUGUUCGAGGUCAGAGAGUCCAAGUCCAACACUUUCCACUGGUCCUGUCUGUUGCUGUCUCAAUACCUUGUGGAGCUGCCGUACUCCAUUACUUUUGGUACCAUUUACUUCAUCUGCUGGUACUUCCCUAUCCAGCUUGACAACGAGGCUUCAAGAGCCGGACUGUGGUGGUUCUGCCAGUCUGUUUUCUUCCAGCUCUACUACGUGUCGUUGGGAUUGGCUAUUGUUUACGCGGCUCCAGACCUGCCUUCUGCCAAUGUGCUGAUUGGUUUGGUGUUCAACUUUAUCGUUUCCUUCUGUGGUGUGGUGCAAAAUCCAAGUCUGAUGCCAGGAUUUUGGCACUUUAUGUGGAGAGUGUCGCCAUUUACCUACAUGGUUGAAAACCUUGUCGGAAUCCUGCUGCACGAUAGACCUGUCCAUUGUGCAGAGAAAGAGCUUAAUUACUUGGAUCCACCUCAAGGUGAGACUUGCGGAAGUUACCUUGCUCAGUACUUUGAGAACUAUUCUGGAUACGUGGAAAACCCAGAUGCCACCUCUAAUUGCGGUGUCUGCAUGUACAAAGUUGGUGACCAAUGGAUGGAUACCGUGGGUAUGAAGUACAGCCACAGAUGGAGAAACAUCGGCUUUUUCUGCGUUUACAUUGGCUUUAAUCUGUUUGCGAUGUUGUCCAUGUACUACGUGUUGAGAGUGCGCAAGUGGAGACUGCCAGCAUUUAAAUUUGGUAAGAAAUAG